UCUCACUCGAUGCACAUUACACCUACUUAGUUUGAUAGACGUUUAUGUUGCCAUUAACAUACAAUAUACUCGUAAUUUUUAUUUAUUUACCUAUUUAAUUUGGCAGUGAUAAUUUUGUGUUGUUUCAGGGCUGAAAUGAACGGUGCAAGAAACUCGCAAAAUGGACCAGGUGACAGCUCAGAAGCUAAGAAUAAAUUACUAGAAACGCAAGCUCAAGUCGAUGAAGUCGUUGGUAUCUUAAGAAACAAUGUUGAAAAGCUAUUUGAACGAGAAUUGCAGCUUUUGGGACUUGAUAAUCUAACAGAUGCUUUGCAAACGGAUGCAUCACAACUGGAGUCAAAGGCUGUAAAAUUGAAACGAAAAAUGUGGUGGAAAAAUAAAAAAAUGAUGAUCAUUCUGAGCUCGAUUGGAGCAUUUAUACUGAUACUGAUUUUAUAUACCGCAUUUUCGAGCUAACAUAAUGAUUCGAGUAAUUUGUAAAUGUUCUUCCGACGUUCAACGAACGAGUUUAAAAAAGAUUGUGUUAUUGUUGCUUAUUGUUGAAUUACAUGAAUUUUUUAAAAUAGGUAUGUAAUUAUUACACGA